CGCACCGUGGUCGCCUUCGCAGAAAAUGACCAUUCAGGAGGGUCGUAACGCGAAACAACCCACCAGCCACAGCAUCGGUUCCGGAAGCCACCUUGCCACCUCUACCAGCACAACCAACAACACCAGCAGGAGCAAUGGAGUACUCAGCGCCUUCUUCGGAUCACUCACGGCCGGAGCUUCCGCCGCCAGAAGUGCCUCCCACCAUCAUCACCAUCAACCAAGUUCCGAACAGCAGGAACCGAUUCCAACUCCUCCGCAGCACCAACAACCCGCCAUCGCAGUACCGGUUGUGGAAGAAGCGGCGGCGGCUGCGGUGGCCAUGGUCGGGGUGGCCUCGGACAACAACAACCAGCAGCCGUUCCGGGGGGAGCGCCCGCUGCAGAACGGCUGCGAGGACAAGUGGAGCUGGAGCAAGCGGGACCGCUCGAAGGAGGUGUGGCUGAGCGGGGCCAACAAUCGGACGGUGCACUUCCACCCCAACUGGAGCAAGGGUACGGCCGGAAUCCGAGGCACGCGGGUGCUCAACAACGGCCGCUACUACUGGGAGCUGAGUGUGUCGCAGCGGGUGUUUGGGACGAGGUUGAGCUACGACAACUAUGAAACCUGGAAGCGUCGUGCGAGGCAGUUCUUGACGCGAGAAGGACUCUGGAGUUACGUUGUCGGUGAUGCAAAGGCAGAGGUGAAGAAAUCUCCCGAGUGGGCGGUCAAAGACGAUCUGGCACUGCAAACCAUCGGGUACCUGGUUGACGAUGCGCUGCAGAGAGAGAUAGAGGAUGCUGUUACGGCGAAGGAAGCUUGGGAGAUGCUGCGGAAGUAUUUUGUGAAGGAUUCUUCAGUGGGCAAGGUGGCACUUAUCAAGCGGCUUUCGAAGAUGGAGCUCGCCGAAGGAGGUGACGUUCGAGAAUUUUUGUUGGCAAUGGAGGAGCUUUUCGAAAAAAUGGGCAACGUUGGCGUUCGCAUGGACGAGGACCUCAAGGCUUGUUUCAUCUUGGCAAAUCUGCCAGAGUCCUACGACAGCACUGUGGCGUCGAUACACGGGCGGAUGGACGUUCUUUCGAUGAAUUUCGUGAAGACAAAGCUGAUGGAGGAGUACGAUCGCCGCAAGGACAAGCGAUCGCAAGACACGGAACGAGAAAGGCAAUGGUAUCCGGUGGUUUGCUCAACGGCGGCCAAAACCGAGAUGGUGCUGACGGAGUCGCGGCGGGACUUUGUCAACCUGCAGGACCGCUGCCGGGCCGUAAUCAUCAAGCACAUCAAGACGCGCGAGAAGCUGGACCGGUUGAACCUUCCGUACUGUAUCACCAACUACCUGGCGGAGGCCCUGUCCGAUUGUACCACGCCGGUGACGCCCCUGGAGCAGCAGCUGAUCGAUUACUAUCUGUUCUAGGACAUGGCCGAAGUUCGGGGGUCGUACGACUAUCAGUGGGUUUGCAACAACCCGGUGUCGUGGGUGUAGAGCGAUUGUUUGUUAUUUUGGUAGUCCAAUUCUUAGUUGCCGCACCACGGGCGUGGUGGAGUUCUUUUUUCUGUUGAUACUCAAUUUCUGAGCGACCGUACUGAGGGUGUUGCGCGAUUGCAGGGCCCGGAAUAGUUGGAUAGUAUUUAUUAAUUAUAUUUUUUAAUUAUUUAUUUGUUACCUCAAUUGGAUUUUCCACUAACAACCUGUAGAUGUAUUUAUUUAUUUAUAAAUGACAAUAUUGUUUUAAAGCUUUUUCCAAAACUUAUCUCAUAAGAAGAAAUCAAAACAUUUUCAUUUAAAAAUCAGAAAUUUGUUGUUUACAGAGCUGGUGGAAUGCGGAUUGAUUUUGAUCUCUAUCAAGAAUUUAAAUCUAAACAUGUUGUUAAACUUUCCAACAUGACAUAAACAAAACUUCGAGGCACCUGAACUUUGAUCGUGAGAGAUAACAAAAUAUCAAAAUUACGAUGAAGAGCGAUGAAGGCAAUUGAAUGCUCAUUACUCACUGUCGAUUCGAUUCGACCAUGAAUCUAAUACAACUCAUUUUGUUGUUCAAAGAACUCACUAGUGAUUUGGAAGAGCAGAAGCUGAGCCAGAAAUUCUUAUUUCUGAAUAAAAUGGCGGCUGAUCAUUUGACAGAUUGAAAUAGUCAAAAUAAAUGCUGAAAAAAAAAUUUCUCGAUUUUUUUAGCACUCAUCGUGUUAUCCAACUCGGUGAACCUCGUUGGAUAAAUGUAAGACUCGAGCUGAAAAAAUCUUCUUUUUGCAACUU